CACGUCAACAGGGCCAUGGAGGACGAAGUCCAACCAAGGGGGAUCACGGAACCUAUCGGAUGGCGCCACGCAGGUGGCCGGUGCAGGGCGGCCACGGUGGAAGAAGCCAAAGGAAGAGCGAGUAAGAUACUCGCUCUUAGCGAUGAGGACGCGGUGGUUCCCGCGGCCCACUUGACGCCCGCCGUCCACCACUCUCUCUCUCUCUCUGUAUAUAUAUAUGUACAUAUAAAACCCUCACAGUUCUUCUAUAGGGAGAGGGCAGAGCGGCUAACAAGAGGAGAAGACCCAUCAGACAAGCUAAUAAUCCUUCAGAACCAGGGGGAACCUUUGAUCAAGGUGGCCAUCAUGACAAUGGAACAUCAGAUUGUUGAGAAGCAGGAUGUGGCAAUUCACCGUCUACACACUAUGGUACCAAAUGUCUCAGAAGAGAUCUCUGAAGAAUUUCUCCUGGAUUUUGAUGAUCUUGCAGUUCAGGAAAUCGUUUAUCAGUCAUUCCAGAAAAAUUCUCAUGAACAUCAAUGCCAUGCUUCGGUUAGUGAAUCUAGAUCCAAUCAUGAGAUUGGCCAGAGCAGUAAUGGUGGCAGCAGUUCAGUGACCACUGAUAUCCCACUAGAAUUCACGUCUGAUGAAGCUAUAGCUCGGCAGUAUGAAAUACUGGAUAAUUUGCCUGCCGAUGCAUCUUUCAGUGCAUUAAAUCAGUCAGAAGCUGAAAACAUUUCAGAGUCUUCCACCAUCAAUGGUGGAUCUUCUUCUGCCGACUCUCCUGGACAGGUCACAAGGCAAGACAGCAUUGACCCAGAUGAAAUGUCUUAUGAGCAAUUGCAAUCACUAGAGGAAGAAAUGGGUAAUGAAAGCAGAGGGUUGUCGGACGAGCUUAUAUCUUACUUGCGAGAUCUAAAGCACAAAUGCGGGUUCUUCUCAAAAGGCAAAAAUGAGGAAUGUGUCAUUUGUAAAACGAAUUAUAGGAGAGAAUGGUUGAUUACGUUGCCUUGUAAACAUUGUUAUCAUUCACACUGUAUCAUUCGUUGGUUGGAGUUCAAUAAGGCAUGUCCCAUAUGCAAAGAGGAGGUAUUCGGAUAAUAUUGACAUUGCUGCAAAAGAAUGCCAUGAAACUGAUGACUCAAUGAGCCAUGAUGUGUAGAUCACCAUGUAAUGAAUUACUUAUUCUGUAGUAUGUGGUGCCAAAGAAAUCUCGCCAAAUAAUCAUACAUUUGUCAUGUAAAGGGGAUGCAUAAAAACCUGAUUCGGUUUGGUGGAGAUGGAUGUCAAGCGUGUUUGAGUAAUGAGUAUGUUGUUUUUGUGCUUUGACUUUUUUUUUAUUAGCAGAAUUAUAUCAAUGCUUAUGCUUAUCAGCUUCUAAGAAA